CAUAAAAGUCUGCUUUCUCCAUUCGCCCUUCCCGUUUUUAUUCCUGCUCAUUCUCUCCGACUAAACAUUCACCCUUUCCCUACCACCUCUUACCCCCUUCUACCUUAAUACAUAAUUACAAUGGCUAAGACAAAGACAAAGGAGAGCAAGGCCAAGGUUGCUGAGCCUCUCAGCACCGUCAAGGCCGGAGGUAUCACCAAGCCUUCCAAGUCGUCCAAGUCUAAGUCCAAGGAGCUUGCUAAGGCUGCUGCCAAGAAGGUCACCAAGGAGAAGGACACCAAGAAGAGCAAGAAGAAGAUUGAGCCCGAAUCUUCUUCCGAGUCCGAGUCUGAGUCUGAGAGCGAGUCUGAGGCUUCCGACUCCGAUUCCGACUCUUCUUCCUCUGAGGAGGAGAAGAAGGUUACUAAGAAGACUGUCUCCAAGCCCAAGGCCAAGGCUGCUGAGUCCUCAUCUGAAUCUGAGUCCGACUCCGGCUCAGACUCCGAUAGCGACUCCGAUAGCGAGUCUGAGGAUGAGAAGCCCAAGGCUAAGGCUGCCAAGACCAACGGUACUGCUAAGGCCGCCGCUCCCGCCAAAAAGGCUGAGUCUUCUGACUCAUCCGACUCUGAGUCUGGCUCCGGUUCCGACUCUGACUCCGACUCUGACUCUGACGACGAGAGCGAGGAGGAGAAGCCCAAGACUAAGGCUACCGAGAAGGCUGCCGAGAAGAAGGCCGAUUCUUCUGACAACUCCGACUCCGACGAUUCUGAGGAUGACUCCGAUGACAGUGACAGCAGCGACUCUGAUGAGGAGGCUGGCGCCAAGAUUGAAAAGACCGAGGAGGCUCCCUCCAAGAAGCGCAAGGCUGAGGAUGAUGGCGAUGCGGAUGCCAAGAAGACAAAGACUGACGAGCCUACUACCCUCUUCGCCGGUAGCCUAAGCUGGUCCAUCGACGACAAUGCCCUCUACGAGGCUUUCAAGCACAUUGAGGGUCUUGCCAACGCCCGCGUCAUGACCGAGAAGGGUACUGGUCGUAGCCGUGGCUUCGGCUAUGUCGACUUCAACGAUGCUGCCUCUUGCACCAAGGCCUACGAGACCAUGCAAGGUGUUGAACUCGAAGGCCGUGCCAUCAACCUCGACUAUGCCAACGCUCGUCCUGCUGAUGCUAACCCUCAGUCUCGCGCUGCCGAUCGUGCCCAGCGUCAUGGUGACACUGUCAGCCCUGAGAGCGAUACCCUCUUCGUCGGUAACCUUCCUUUCGAUGUCGAUCAGGACACCGUCCGUGAGUUCUUCAGCGAGGUCGCUGAGGUGGCCAGCGUUCGCCUGCCUACCGAUCCUGAUAGCGGUAACCUCAAGGGCUUCGGUUAUGUCAGCUUCAACUCGGUCGAGGAUGCCAAGAAGGUCUUCGAGGCCAAGAACGGUGCCCCUAUUGGCAACGGACGUAUGUCCCGUAGCGUCCGCCUGGACUAUGCCAGCAGCAGGCCUCAGCAGGGUGGCGGCGGCGGCUUUGGUGGUGGUCGUGGAGGUGGUCGCGGCGGCGGCCGUGGUGGCUUCGGAGGCCGUGGAGGUGGUCGCGGUGGCGGUGGUGGUCGCGGCCGUGGUGGCGGUCGUGGUGGUAGCUUCGGCACUGGUGCUAACCGCACUCCUACCACUUUCUCUGGCUCCAAGAUUUCUUUCGAUUAAGCGUGGGUUGAUGCACAACAGUUGCGAACUGAGGGCUUCUGGCGGGUUUACCAAUAAGUGGGCUUUUGUGGGCUGUCGAUUCAACACAAGACAAAACUCCUUCAUGGAGUAGUGGGCUUUGAGAAUACGCAUCACACGCGUAAAGCAGUUAUAGACCUGGGGGCUAUUACACUUGAGGGACCGUGGGCUCGUGGCAUCUUCAUAAAGCACCUUCCUGGUGGCUUUGGCUCUUUGAUCAAGCCCUUUCUCAAGGCAGACACCACGUGGGCUUCUGAGGGAUUUGUUGACCACCCUUUGGGAAGAGGCUCCCUAUGUCUUCCAGACAUUGUGGAGUGGACCAAGUCGGUUCUUGCGAACGCUCUUGAGGGGCCCUGGGGGCUUUUCGAAAAGAUACGACCAUGCCUAUGCCUAACCUCAGCACCAGUUGACGACGAUCUCCUGCCUUGACGACUAAACCAUCUUGAUUUCUUAUGCCAUGUACACUGUUUCAUCGUUUGAUGGUGAGUAUACCACUGCCGUUAUUCUUUCGAUUUAUGUAACAACGGGAUGGUGCACAUCUCGAUUGUAGGGGCGCAAUAAAAGUUCAAUUAUGUUUCUCUCAACGACGUCACAGGGGUCUUUCCAUGAGUGAAUGUAUCUAAAGUAUAAGAUAGCUUAGUGAAUAUUUCGCAUCUGGAUGGUAUUGUCUUGGAAUCAUAUGUUCCCGUCUUUACAUAUGACCCGGGACAGAACGCUUAACUAGAGGCAUGGGUCCAUCUUGGAUCAGGUAUAGCACAUGGAUAGAAAGUUCAUUCAUAACAUACAUACUGGUGCUGCCGGCACACUGUACUGUUGCAGAAUUUCGGAUGUAGCUGCUGCCAUUCAAAACGCGCUGUCCAUAAAUUGAUGUUCAGCGCGUGAUGGCUGUGUCACAUAAGCCGCGAAUCACACGGAUGGUGGG